AUGGUGAGCUCUUUCUGGAGAAAAACUACCUGUGGCCUGGCGGUACUGGUCCUGUGGUAUUCAAAACACCGCAGCGGGGUCGCCACCAACAUGCUCGUCAGCGAGUGGCUGGAAAAGAAGACGAAAGGCGACAAGACCGUGGUGACCGUCGCAAAACAUAAGACGGGCGACAAGGAGACGUCGCUCAUUGUGCUCGGCGCCGACCUGGCCGCCCUGAUGGAGAGAUACUAUGUGCCGGUGCCGUGUGCGAACAAAAAUGAAUCAAUUUUUUAUUAUAAACACGUGUGGACGAAUCGUUAA